GAACACAAAGUUAUAAGUUAUAGUUAACCCUUACAGAAACACAAGAAACACAUGCAACCUAUGAUAAUUGCUAAGAGGCUAAUUCAAUUCACACAAUCACAACAAUUACUUAACUCCAUACUAUUGACAUAUAUUUUAAGUUUUCGUCUAAUAUAUUGUAUGAGUUUUAUCUAAUUUGGGUGUUCAUAUACAUGAUUUACACUCUACAAAUACAAAUAUACAUUAUAGGAACAAUAUUGCGCUUUAUUAUUAAUGAGCCUAAAAAGAAGGAAUAUUUGGCUCUUGAGUGGUUAUGUCAAGUAUUAAGUAUGUGCAUAUAAUAUAUAUUAGUCAUCUGGAUAAUUUUUUAACUGGUUAAUUUGGUUUGAUUGGUUAGGAGUGUCUGAAACCAAACCAAACCACCUAAACCAAACAAACUAAAAAUUGUAACCAAACCAAUUAUCCAAAUUAGCCAAAUACUAUCGGUUAAAACGAUUACCGCAGUAACCACACCGUUUGAAUACCCCUACAUGUUGUUCAUUUGGAUAGUGAACUUAUUGUUAAAAUGUUAUUGUCUACGCUGACACAUCGAUUAAUUACAAAUAUUAUGUGAAUUUAAUUCAGAUGAACAUCAUUAAACAUUAUUAGCUAGUUGGGUCUUAUUGAAUUGGUUUUUUGGAUCCUAAAUGGUUGAGCUUCCUCUCUCUUACAUAGGUAGUCGAUUGUGUCUCCAUGGCCAGCGGCCUCCUCCUCCUUACACAAGUAGUUGACACGACCUCUUCUUUGUAACAAGCCCAUUGGUGUGAAAUAUGGUUCUAAAAAACUAACUUUAGAUACCAACCUGUCGAGACAAGCUUCACGCCCAUGCAACAAGGUAUCAAGUAUCCAAAAUUAAUUUUUGUAUGACUCUCUGGUUAAUACCGAGUCGAUACCCCGUUGUAUAGCUACCAAUUAUGUUGUUUCCAGAUUUGGUCAAAUUUCAUAUUUUCGUACCAACUUAAUGAGGCUCUAAAAAAUUAAGUAUAGAGAUCAAACUGGCAGGGUGCCAACCCGAUUAUAAGUAUGAUACCGCGAGGGUGGAGACUUGUUAGCUAAGGUACUGACCUGACAGGACAUCAACUUGACGAGGACUUGGUGUCGAGCCCCUUAGGGGGUCAUAUGGAGACUAAAUAAAUUGCAAGACGAGCUUGUAGGCAAGCUGGCGGGGUAAAAGGGUCGAUCAAAUGGACUUGCUAGCAAAUUUUUAAGAGUGGCUACGAGCAAGCCUGUAAGGUAUCAAGCGAUAUCAAGCCGACAAGACGGAUGUUGAGCUCCCUAAAACUUAAGUGUGGAGCCCUGGCGGGGAAAUAGACCAGGUCUCACGCACCCUGUCAAGGCGGUUACCCUUGUCUAACUAACAAGUCACUUCAUCAAGGUGGAUAAGUUAACAAGCGAGGGUAGUACCAAGUCAGCAUGAAAGGGGCUCUAUUAUAUAAUCAAUGAGGUAGCGGUCUCAAGACGACGAGAGUGUAGACUGUAGAGCUAUUGGGGCUAUCAAGGGUGUGAUCGAGACAUUAUCAUGGAGGCUAAGACAAAAAGUUUCAUCCCUCAUUCUCAUCAUAACUCGUUAUGCCACACUAUUGCUUCCACUGUUUUCCUAUUUUUGUGUUCAUCUCAACAUGAUACCAUACGCAGCCUAAUGAAAUAACUAAACCUACAAAAUAAUUUUAACUUCCAUAAUUUCUUAGAUAUACCAAUUAAACAUAUUUUUGUUUUCUAUUUUCAUGAUCUUGUGAUUAUACCUCUGUCCCUGGUAAUUGGAUUGCUAAUUUUCCUUACUACAAACUUCAGCAUUCCAUUCUGAUCAUAUCUGCUAGAAAUUGUUGAUAAUCUACUAAAUUUCACUUUCCAGCUAAUCAAUAAGCAUAAGAGUAGCAAAAAACCCGCUGAGUCUCGGAAGUUUCGUGAACCCAAAGACAGGAGCAAGGAACAACAGAAGCAAACCCAAUAACAAACCCGAGCCCAUUUCUCUUCUCCGCUCCAAAGUCCAACCUCCAUUCUCUUCUUCACCUUCGCUACUCUUCCUUCUCCGGCCAACUCCGUUAAAUCAUCUUCCGAGAAAUCCUUCUCAUUUCCACGAAGAAAUACAUUCCCCUCCCUGCGAAUUCGACGAAUUCUCGUCCCCGGGAAAAAUUCCGAACUCGGCGAAGCUUAAAUCGUUGAUCAAUCACUUUCCACAUACGCCAUCUGCGUGCGCCUUCAAGAUUAGGUAACUCACAUAAGAACCAGCUCUUCGUGUUCGCGAGGGAACAUCACGCGGCUCUGAAAUAGACUGGAAGAAAGAAAACCCUAGCUGAGAAUCGCGCAAUCUGCUAAUAAACAAUAGCAAGGGGGAAGGGAAGGAAAAGGAAUCCCCAUAGUAUAAUCAUCUCACGUGUGUGUGUGUGUCAGUUGCUUUUGGUUUUUGUUCUCUACCUAGUAGUAUAGUAGUAGAUCUGGAAAAUGGCAAUGAUCAUCAGCGACGCACUGCGGCAAGCGUUCAUGCCGAAACGCGAGUACGAGAGCUUGCGGGAGGAGGAGAAGGCAUGGUCGAGGCUACAGAGACCUUUCUUGAUCUCUGCCGUUUCCUUAAUCUGCCUUGCCAUCCUUGUCUGCACGGCUAUUAGUUUGAAGAUUGUCUUCCCCGCCGAUGGUUACCGGCGGCCGUUUUGCAGUGACCGGAGGCUCCUGCCUCUGCCCAUGAAAGGAGGGCGGGACUCUGAUCUGUUUCCCGGUGCGUUUUAUCUCACGGAUCAGGAGAUUGCCGACUACUACUGGAUGGUACUCUUCAUUCCAUCGCUCAUCAUUUUCUUGACCUCGUUUGCUUAUCUUGCCGCAGGGAUUGCCGUUGCUUAUUCUGCUCCAACAAGACAUAGUUGCUUAAAGGUGGUGGAAAACAAUUACUGUGCUUCCAGAAGAGGUGGGGUCCGCUGCCUUUCCAUCUUAAACGCCAUCUUCGCCACCACCUUUGGUCUUCUCGCUUUAUUCCUCGGUUCAACCCUCUUAACCCUAGGGAGUAGCUGCUCCGUAACUUUGUUCUGGUGCUACGAGAUUGCUGCGUGGGGGCUUGUUAUUCUAUACGGGGGAACUGCAUUUUUCCUGAGAAGAAAAGCUGCAGUAAUCAUCGAUGAGGGCGAUCAGGGUAGCAGAAACCUCGGUCUGGAAAUGCUGGAAGCAAACACCUUGGCAGUGGCGGUAACACCAGAGGUCGAAAGACGAGUUAGUGAAGGUUUUAAGUCCUGGAUGGGUUCCUCUCUGCUAUCUUCUGACGACGAGGACGAACCAGACACUUUUCUAGAAGCCCCUCACUUGACAAAUGCAACUGCAAACAGGCAGAGGGUAUAGUGGUUGGUGAACCCAGGUUUGAUUAGUGUAUACAGCUGAUGAUACCAAAAGCAAAAAGAGGAGGGAAACCCAGUUCGCGUGGCUAUCUGUAGCGGUUUUGAGACGUGCACUUUACCAGUAGUAGUUUAGCUCGGUGGUCGUUGUAAACUGUAAAUGACAUGACUACUGAAUCUGGCAGCCUGACUUAGACUGCAAAUGGCCUAAUGAGGAGCAGUCUUUGUCUGGAUUUUGUAAGCACGAUUUACACCUUUUGGUUUUUCUUUCCGCACAUAUUCAAUGACGAAGUUCAAAAUUUCUGUAGGAGCCUGCUCUGUGCGAUGUCAAUAGGCCUUUUCCAUACAAUUGGUGCAGUUAUAAGCAGCUAAAUGGGCCUUAGGAUGGGCUUAGACU